AUGAAUAUUGAAUUUAAGGGAAUGUGGUCUAUAAGUAUGAUACAAUUAAACAUGCUAAAUGGAUUAUCAAAUUUUGCUUAUCAUUAUUAACUACAUUCGGUUGCAUACUUCCUUGCUUUUUGUGAUAUGGAGUCUUUAAAAAUAAAAUNA